AUGGAAGUUGGGAAAUGGAACAACAGACACCAACUACACGGGGGAGCUAAUACUUCGAUUUGGUUAUGUUUGCUGAUUGAUAGAAUAGUUGGAAACAUGAAGAAAAUGUGUGGGUCAACUUCUGACAUAAUCACUCGUCUUCCAGACAAUGUAAAAGAAACAAUCUUGAUGUCUUUGCCAUUACAAGAUGCAGUGAGGACUAGUAUUUCGUCAAGGAAAUGGAGGUAUACGUGGGCCAGACUUCCCCAACUUGUAUUUGAUGAUAAGUUCUGCAGAGAAUCGAUCAGAAAUCAGAAGAAUGAACUUAUUAAGACUAUUUAUCAAGUUCUGCUGCUUCAUCGUGGAUCAAUACUUAGGUUCACUCUUUCUUUAUCUGGACUUGAAGGCUGUCUUCAACUUAAGGAUUUGACUCUCCGUUCUGGUAUGUUUAAGCCUCCACCUGAAGAAUUUAAGGGGUUUAGGAGUCUCCUUCGCCUGGAGCUUUGCAAAGUUGCCAUUACAGCCAACAUAUUUUCAAGUUUAAUCUCCAGUUGCCCACUUCUUGAAGAACUGACACUUGAAGACUGCAGCAGUUUAGAUUGCCUUGAAAUUUACGUUCCUAAUCUUAUAUUCUUAUUCUACGAAAGCCAUGUUCGUUCUAUUUGUUUUAAAAAUACCCCUCAUCCUGCGAAAGUUUCAAUCAAUUUGAAAGUGUACACGAAUGGGGAAACACUCAAGGAAGGAGAAGCAUCUAAUAUGGUUGGAAUAAUUCCGUUUUCUUUUUUCCAAGUAUUUAACGAUGAUCCUGUUCUAGAACUUUUAGAAGCGCAAGACUGGUCGGAUAUCUCUUUAAACCAACUUCCAGGAGUGGAGAUGAAGAAUGUACUUGGAAUGACAUCUGAAUUGGAGUUUAUUAGGCUUCUAUUAGCAAAAUCCCCAAUGUUGGAGAUAGUGCUUAUUGAGCCUAACUUAGAGAAAGUUGCUGACAAAGGAUUGAGGAUUUUGAAAGCGUUGACAAGAUUUUGGCGCUUGUCACCUCAAGUAGAAAUCACAUACAAUGGUCUAGAUGGAAAUCUGUGA